UUUCAGAUUUAAAUUAAAAAAACAAAAUUAGCAGAACUUACUAAAAAAAAAAAAGCAGUAACAGAGAAAUCGAGCUUCAAUUCAAGCUUCAGAGACACAAAGAAGAGCCUUCUUCUUCUUCUUCUACUUCUUCUUCUUCUUCUUCUUCUUCUUCUUCAACUCUCACAUCUCAUCAUCAACCCCAUAACUAAACCUUUCCACUUAAUUUUGUUUUUAAUUUCAUUUUACCGCAAAACAAAAUUUCAUUUUUUUAUAAUAAUCAAAAUCUCAUCAUCAUCUUGGUAUCAAGAUUUUGUUACUUUUUUUUUUUGUCUGUUGGGUUUGAUUUGUUGUUGUUAUCCCCAAUUCUUCUUCUUGGAAUCAAACCACAUCAAUUCCUUUUUUCAUAUAUCUCUCUCUAUCUAAUAAGGCAUAUAUUCUCUCUCUCUCUCUCUCUCUGUUUCAAUCUCUUGUUGAUCUUUCUUCUCUGGACGAGAGAGAAGAGAGAGAGAGAAUGAUAAAUCCGGGUCACGGAAGAGGACCCGAUUCGGGUACCAAUUCUGACCCGUUUCCGGCGGGUCUUCGAGUUCUUGUCGUUGAUGAUGAUCCAACUUGUCUCAUGAUCUUAGAGAGGAUGCUCAUGACUUGUCUCUACAGAGUAACUAAAUGCAACAGAGCUGAGCUCGCAUUGUCACUGCUCCGGAAGAACAAGCAUGGUUUUGAUAUUGUCAUCAGUGAUGUUCAUAUGCCUGACAUGGAUGGUUUCAAGCUCCUUGAACAUGUUGGUUUAGAGAUGGAUUUACCUGUUAUUAUGAUGUCUGCGGAUGAUUCAAAGAGCGUUGUGUUGAAAGGAGUGACUCACGGUGCGGUCGAUUACCUAAUUAAGCCAGUACGUAUUGAGGCUUUGAAGAAUAUAUGGCAACAUGUGGUGAGGAAGAAGCGGAACGAGUGGAAUGUUUCUGAACAUUCAGGAGGAAGUAUUGAAGAUACUGGCGGCGACAGAGACAUGCAGCAGCCGAGGGAGGAUGCUGAUAACAAUUCGUCUUCCGUUAAUGAAGGCAACUGGAGGAGCUCUAGCUCGAGAAAGCGCAAGGAAGGGGAAGUAGAUGAUCAAGGGGAUGACAAAGAGGACACGUCGAGUUUGAAGAAACCACGAGUGGUUUGGUCGGUUGAACUGCAUCAGCAGUUUGUCGCUGCUGUGAAUCAGCUCGGUGUUGACAAAGCGGUUCCUAAGAAGAUCUUAGAGAUGAUGAAUGUACCUGGCCUGACUCGAGAAAACGUAGCCAGUCACCUCCAGAAGUACCGUAUAUAUCUAAGACGGCUUGGAGGAGUAUCGCAGCACCAAGGAAAUAUGAACCAUUCGUUUAUGACUGGCCAAGAUCCGAGUUUUGGUCCUCUUUCUUCGUUGAAUGGAUUCGAUCUUCAAGCUCUAGCUGUUGUAGGGCAGCUUCCUGCUCAGAGCCUCGCACAGCUUCAAGCAGCUGGCCUUGGGCGGUCUUCGCUCAUUAAACCCGGGAUGUCGGGUUCUCCCCUUGUAGAUCAGAGAAGCAUCUUCAACUUUGAAAAUCCGAAAAUAAGAUUUGGAGAUGGACAUGGGCAGACCAUAAACAAUGGUAAUAAGCAGAUGAGUUUGCUUCACGGUGUCCCAACAGGUAUGGAACCGAAACAGUUUGCAGGUAGUAGUCACAUGCGAGUACAGCAACAAAUGGCUGGUAUGCGUCCAGGACAGAAUGUUCAAAGCAGUGGGAUGAUGUUGCCUCUAGCCGACCAUCUGCCCCGAGGAGGGACAUCAAUGCUAUCAUCCCUCGGGCAACAACAACCGAUGUUUUCAACCAGCGUUUCAAGGAGAAGCGAUCUCACUGGUGCGGUUAGAAACGGUAUCCCUGAGACUAACAACAGAGUGGUACCAGCUACCCACUCAGUCUUCAACAACUUCCCCGCAGAUCUACCUCACAACAACUUCCCAUUGGCAAGUGCCCCGGGGAUAUCAAUUCCAGUGUCAGCUUCUUACCAAGAAGAGGUCAACAGCUCUGAUGCGAAAGGCGGUUCAUCAGCUGCUACUGCAGGGUUUGGUAACCCAAGCUACGACAUAUUCAACGAUUUUCCGCAGCAGCAACAGCACAACAGCAAACUGAAUGAUUGGGAUAUGCGGAAUAUUGGAUUGGUCUAUUCCCAUCAGGACACAGCAGCAGCCUCUGCAGGUUUUUCAACUUCGGAAGCGUACUCUUCGUCUUCCAUGCAGAGAAAAAGGCGGGAAACGGACGCAACAGUGGUGACCGCGCAUGGACAGAAUCAGCAACCACUGAGCCGGAGUCUAAAUCAUCUGAACCAUGUUUUUAUGGAUGGUGGAUCGGUCAGAGUUAAGUCAGAGAGAGUGGCGGAGACAGUGACCUGUCCUCCCGCAACCACAUUGUUUCACGAGCAGUAUCAUCAAGAAGAUCUCAUGAGCGCACUUCUCAAACAGGAAGGCAUUCCAUCGGCAGAUAACGAGUUCGAUUUUGACGGAUACUCCAUCGAUAAUAUUCCAGUCUGACCUCAGAAACUCAGACUACUAGACUGCAAGAUUCUUUGUUACAAAAGCACUACAGAAUAGAACGUAUCAUGUGUUGUAUCUUUAGAUGUUAUCAUGUGUUGUAUCUUUAGAUGAUAGAUGUUAUCAUGUGUUGUAUCUUUAGAUGAUAAUCUGCAGGAAAUUCAAAAGCCAGAUUAUAAAAGACAAUAAUUGUUUUCUUUUUGAAAUGUUAGGAGUAAUGUAAUGUCCAUUUCGUUUGAGUUA